UUUGGAGUGAAAGAGGAGGAGGGGGAGAUGACUGUCACAUUGGAGGAAGAAGAGGAGGUUGGAGAUCUGUUUAACACCAGAGAGAUACCAGACUACCGUGGAUCCUCUGCUGAGCCUCAACAACCUCAUGAUGCUGAAGAGGCAGAGAAGAGUCUCUCCAGAUCAGAACACAUCAAGAAACACCUGCAGCGAUCCACAGGGAAGAGAACUCACAGCUGCUCUGACUGUGGGAAGAGAUUCACCUCCUCAUCAGGCAUUAAAAUUCAUCAGAGAAUCCACACAGAAGAGAAACCUUAUAGCUGUGAUCAAUGUGGGAUGAGUUUUGUUACAUCUAGCAUUCUGACAGGACACCAGAGAAUCCACACAGGAGAGAAACCUUUUAGCUGUACUCAAUGUGGGAAGAGUUUUACUCAGCAAAGCACCAUGAUAUCACACCAGAGAACACACACAGGCGAGAAACCCUAUAGCUGUGAUCAAUGUGGGAAGAUUUUUACUACUUCUACAAUUCUGAUUCGACACCAGAGAACACACACGGGAGAGAAACCUUAUAGCUGUGGUCAAUGUGGGAAGAGUUUUACUCAGCUAAGCACCAUGAUAUCACACCAGAGGAUACACACAGGCGAGAAACCCUAUAGCUGUGAUCAAUGUGGGGAUAUUUUUACUAUGUCUAGCAGUCUGACUCGACACCAGAGAACACACACAGGAGAGAAACCUUAUAGCUGUAAUCAAUGUGGGAAGAGUUUUGUUUCAUCUGGCGAUCUGAAAGUACACCAGAGAACACACACAGGAGAGAAACCUUAUAGCUGUGAUCAAUGUGGGAAGAGUUUUACUCAGCAAAGCACCAUGAUAUCACACCAGAGGACACACACAGGUGAGAAACCCUUUAGCUGUGAUCAAUGUGGGAAUAUUUUUACUAGGUCUAGCAGUCUGACUCGACACCAGAGAACACACACAGGAGAGAUAUCUUAUAGCUGUAAUCAAUGUGGGAAGAGUUUUGUUUCAUCUGGCGAUCUGACAAUACACCAGAGAAUACACACAUGAG